AUGGGCCGAAUCAGCACAAAUAAUGAACCAUGCAGUGGGCACCCUGUUGAGGUGACCCCUCCAGAAACUACAGAAAAAAAUCAUAAAAUCAUCUUGGCUGACCGGAGAGUGAAAGUGAGGGAGGUAGCAGAAUCAAUAAAGAUCACAACAGAACGUAUUCGAAAUAUUUUACAUGAACACUUAACAAUGAAAAAGCUUUGCGCCAGGUGGGUGCCGCGUUUGCUCGCUCCAAACCAAAAACAGCGUCGUAAGGAUGUUUCGGCUGAUUGUUUAGCACACUACAGGCGUAACCCAACUGAGUUUUUGCGUCCAUUCAUUACAGUCGAUGAAACAUGGUUCCAUCUUUACACCCCCGAGACAAAACAGCAGUCGAGACAGUGGAUCAAAAAAAGAGAACCUCCAAAGAAAGCGAAGACAGUUGCAUCGGCCAGUAAGGUUAUGGCCACCAUCUUUUGGGAUGCGAGGGGAAUAAUUUUUAUUGACUACCUCCAAAAGGGAAAAACAGUUAGUGGGGAAUAUUAUGCCACUCUACUACAACGUUUACAACAGGAAAUUAAAGCAAAACGACCAGAUUUGCCGAAAAAAAAAGGUGCAGUUUCGUCAGGACAAUGCACCAGUCCAUACUUCAGUCAUUGCGAUGGCUACAAUUCAUGA